AUGUUCCGGCCACUUGUCAAGGCGAACGUUGUGUCGUCAAACCGCUGCGAGAAUUCAUUGCCUCCGCCCGUCCCGAACGGCGUGAUGCCUUACGAGGGCCUCAAAGCGGUAUUUUUCCCUUACAUCAAGGUGACGAGCCUCGAGAAGAUAAUGCCGCCACCAUCACCUGGCAAGUCCUUUUCGUGUCUUCCACUGAACAUGCAGAUGACGGAGCCCAUCGGAAAGCUCACGGAGGAGGUCGAGCAGGCCCAGACGAGAUGCAAUGAGCAGCUCAAGGCCGACAAGAGAGAGCGACAGGAAAAGUAAAACUGGACAUCCAUAUGCAUUGAUUGGCACAGGAACAAAAGACUUGAAUGUCUGUAUGUAUGUGUGCGGACUUUGCCUGCAUGGACUGAUUGAUGCAGUGAGAGAAAGGAGCGGCAGCCGGCGGAAGGCCCGCGAGGAAAGAAAUCGACACACACCCUCAGCAAACAGAAGUGCGUGCAUGUGUCUCAUACACACAUGCCGACUUGUGCUUCCUCCCGCUCUCAUUUGUUCAAUCUGUCUCUCCCUCCCUCGCUGUGUGUGCGUGUGCAGAUCCCAGCAUGGAUGAGACGCGGACAUGGGAGGCCGAGACACGGCUGUACGACGUCACAUCACAAAACAAGUCAAGACGAUCAAUGACAUUUGACUCACCCAUGUCUCUGUCUCUUCCAUUUACUGGUGCAAGGACUAGGUUCUCUCUUUCGUGGGGCCAUGGCUGACUGCUGCCGGAGGGAUGAGAGAGGGAGGGAGAGGGAGUUACAUGACCUGUUGUCAACCAUAAGGCGAACCGAUGACUUUUGUUUUGUGGUGUGCGUCCGAUGGUGUGCGUCACUUUUGCCAUGACAAGGAAGUUGUCGGUUAGAUGAGGGAGAGAGGGUGCCGCCUCGCUUGGUGUUACGAUGUUUCGAAUCAAUCGCUGUCUACAUUUC